AGCCGGUUAAUCGCCUGGGUUUUGGUCGAUAUAUAUUGGCCCGGACACUAACCCUCUUAUCCUUUCCUCUCGUCCGUCCCGUCCCCCCCACUUGCACCCGCGAGCAGCGACGCCUGCUUUUUUCCGGAGGAAGCCGCCACUGAGCUCGCUCGUGCUAGCUACCUACGCACAUAUCUAGCAGCUACUACUACACCUAGCCAGCUACAGCCGCCUGCCCUAGCUAGCUAGCAAGGGAGCGGCCGGGCUGCAUAGAUAUGCGAGGGAGGCAGGCGAGGACGAGGAAGGAGAAGCGGCAGUAGACGAGCGGCCAUGAGCGGCAGGCACGAGAACGGGCAUGGCGCCGCUGCUACCGCGGCGGCUGCAGCGGCGGCGGUGGGAGGAGGAGGAAGGGCGGGGGAGGGCGGCGGCGGUGACGCGCACGAGGACGACCUGGUCAUGCCGGGGUUCCGGUUCCACCCCACGGAGGAGGAGCUCAUCGAGUUCUACCUCCGCCGCAAGGUGGAGGGCAAGCGCUUCAACCUCGAGCUCAUCACCUUCCUCGACCUCUACCGCUACGACCCCUGGGAGCUCCCUGCCAUGGCCUCGAUUGGGGAGAAGGAGUGGUUCUUCUACGUGCCGAGGGACCGCAAGUACCGGAACGGGGACCGGCCGAACCGGGUGACGGCGUCGGGGUACUGGAAGGCCACGGGCGCCGACCGGAUGAUCAGGGCCGAGAACAACCGCCCCAUCGGGCUCAAGAAGACGCUCGUCUUCUACUCCGGCAAGGCGCCCAAGGGCGUCCGCAGCAGCUGGAUCAUGAACGAGUACCGCCUCCCGCCCGACCACACCGACCGCUACCAAAAGACCGAGAUCUCCCUCUGCCGCGUGUACAAGCGCACCGGCAUCGACGACGGCCAUGGCCAUCCCUCGGCGCGCUCGACGCCCUCCCGCCGCGCCACGGCCCAGCAAGACAUCAAGCAGGCGUCAUCGUCGUCCACGCCCACGCCGCCCACGAGCCCGCCCAAGAUGAUGCAGCUUCUCCACGGCGAGUGCACGUCGGCGCCGACCAUCAGGGACCACGCCGCGGCACACAACGACAACAAGCCGCCGCCGCCGGCGGCGGCGCAGCGGCAGCUACCCACAAAGCCGUGCAACGGCGGCUAUCUGCUGUCGACGGCGAGCUCCGCCGCGGGGGCCAGCGAUCAUCUGCAAGUGGGAGCCGCGGCAACGCCGCCAUCGUCGUACGACCAGUCCCGGAACGCCAACGCGUUCGCCUCCACGUACUCGCUUCUCAGCCUGGUGAACGCGGCCUCCAUGGGCGGCGGCUCCGCGGCCGCCGCCAUCGACGAGCUCAGCUCGCUGGUCGGGCACGGCCCGCCGGCGUACUUCAACCACCAGGCCGGCGGCAGCUUCCUCCCCCUGCCAACGCCGUCGUCGUCGCAGCCAAUGGCGCUCGGGACGCUGCCGAUGUCGCUGGCCGCCAUCUCCGACAAGAUCUGGGACUGGAACACGAUCCCCGACGCUGCGGCUAGAGAUUACAGCAGUGCCGGUUUCAAGUGAGCGGCGGCGCGCACGGGUGCAUGGCGGCGGCGCACAUUCCGACGGCCCAAAUGGUACAGCCAUGUAGAUCUUACUGUAUUUUCUCCCUCUCCCGGUUAAUUUGUUCACGGUAAAAUCUGAGGAAACAAUCUCUGUAGACAAGUGUCAAGUAUACCCUUUUAAUCAGACUAUAGCUCAUACCAACUUGCUUGUACUAGUAGUAUGAUCAAGAGUUCAGGAUAGGUAAGCUGCUGUAAUUCCUACUGAAUUGCAUAUAAUAACCUCCUUCAAUUUGAUCAAUAACGACAUGACAGUCAAUUUCUACUUCCCAA